CCAGAAUAAUGAAGAUAAGUCCUUAGCCCAAAAGCAGGGCGGAUGCUUUUUUCUGUAGUAUGCUCCGCCGCAACCGGUUCCCGUGAUCAGGCCUGCAAGGUACCCAGGCGUGCCCAGGCACGUCCACCUGGGAACGGGCCGGGAGUGGCGCAACCAAUGUCCUGCCUGGGUUGCCGCGCCAGCGUUUCCCCGACUCCGGCAGGUGCUCGUUCCCCGGGUGCUGUUUCAGUCAACACCAACCCCCCAAGCUCUUUCUUAUCUUCCUCCUCUUUCCUCCCCCCAUCUAACCAUCAACCAAACUUAUCAUUGUAUCUCUCACUUUCCCGUACUUCUGACCGAGUGGCACUACCAUCUAUCCGCUCUCACAAUGAGGAUCGCUGCGUCGACAGUGCUGUUCGGCGCUGCUUCCGCAGCUUCGUUCCAGCAGCAGGCCCAGCAUGUGCUUUCAGGCGGCUUUGGAAAGGCGCAAGACGCCAUGAAGCCCAUUUCAGAUGCCUUCGCUGACGCAGCUGCUCACCCUAUCGAGAGCUUCGAGGAGGCUUUCCAGGGUGUCAGCGCCGAGACGAAGGCGCUCUGGGACGAGAUCAAGCUGCUCGUUCCCGAGAGCGCCUUCAAGAAUCCUUCGUGGUUGAGCAAGCCCAAGCCGCACCGCCGGCGCAACGAUUGGGACCAUGUCGUCAAGGGCGCCGAUGUGCAGAAGGUGUGGGUGCAGGGUGCCGAUGGCGAGAGCCACCGCGAGGUUGGCGGCCGGCUCGAGAACUACAACAUGCGCGUCAAGUCGGUCGACCCGUCCAAGCUCGGCAUUGAUUCAGUCAAGCAAUAUAGUGGUUACCUUGACGAUGAAGCUAAUGACAAGCACUUAUUCUACUGGUUCUUCGAGUCGCGCAAUGACCCCAAGAACGACCCGGUUGUCCUCUGGCUCAACGGCGGGCCUGGUUGCUCAUCCCUUACUGGGCUUUUCCUCGAGCUUGGUCCUUCGUCGAUUGACAAGAAGCUCAAGGUUGUGAACAACGAGUUCAGCUGGAACAAUAACGCCAGCGUCAUCUUCCUUGACCAGCCUGUCAACGUCGGAUACUCGUACUCCGGAUCUUCCGUGAGCAACACCAUCGCUGCCGGCAAGGACGUCUACGCUCUCUUAACCCUGUUCUUCCACCAAUUCCCCGAAUACGCCAAGCAAGACUUCCACAUUGCCGGCGAAUCGUACGCUGGCCACUACAUUCCCGUCUUCGCUUCUGAGAUCCUGUCGCACAAGAACCGAAACAUCAACCUCAAGUCCGUUCUGAUUGGCAACGGUCUGACGGACGGUCUCACUCAGUACGAGUACUAUCGUCCCAUGGCCUGCGGCGAAGGCGGCUACCCCGCUGUCCUGAGCGAAUCUGAGUGCCAGAGCAUGGACAACGCGCUGCCGAGAUGCCAGUCGCUGAUCAACAACUGCUACGAAAGCGGCAGCGUGUGGAGCUGCGUCCCGGCUUCCAUCUACUGCAACAACGCUUUGAUUGGCCCCUACCAGCGCACUGGCCAGAAUGUCUACGACAUCCGCGGCAAGUGCGAGGACAGCAGCAACCUCUGCUACAGCGCUCUAGGCUGGAUCAGCGACUACCUGAACCAGCAGUCCGUCAUGGAUGCCCUUGGCGUUGAGGUCUCGAGCUACGAGAGCUGCAACUUCGACAUCAACCGCAACUUCCUGUUCCAGGGAGACUGGAUGCAGCCUUUCCACCGCCUGGUACCCAACAUCCUCAAGGAGAUCCCGGUGCUCAUCUAUGCCGGUGAUGCCGAUUACAUCUGCAACUGGCUUGGCAACCAGGCCUGGACCGAGGCUCUGGAGUGGUCCGGCAAGAAGGACUUCAACCACGCCAAGGUCAAGGACCUGAAGCUUGCCGGGGCUGACAAGGAGUACGGCAAGGUCAAGGCAUCUGGGAACUUCACCUUCAUGCGCAUCUACCAGGCCGGUCAUAUGGUCCCUAUGGACCAGCCCGAGAACUCGCUUGACUUCCUGAAUAGGUGGUUGGGUGGCGAAUGGUUGGCGCACUAGACUGCCACUGAGCUAGUGGCAUCUGUGUACACAUGGGACAUGAUACAUAUUUGAACGAGUAUCAUCAUUGCGGGCCCUUGCUCCACUGAAUGCCGGUAGAUUGGUUUUCGCGUGUGAUGACUAGCACUAGACCGAAGCAUUGCAGAAUAUAUUGGAAUAAAUACACUAUUUUCUUUCUACAUAAGAAUGAACUAUCGCAUUGCUCUGGUGCUCGGUACAGCUUUCUCUUGAACGUGACCUUGGCAAAGCUGGGACUCUCUCCCCUUGUGAUAUUAUGGAGGGAGGGUCUCUCAUACCCGACGCCAGUUAUGUAUAUGGCAUGG